AUGGGCGCUGGUGAAAGCAAACACACAUUCCCUUCCUCGCUCGAUCUUCUCACCCUCGAUGCUAUUGAACUGCAGUCCUUGUUAGCCGCACAGAAACUCACUAGUGCUCAGCUAGUCAAAGCAUGUCUGGAGCAGAUUCGAAGCCAAGACCACAAGGGGCUGGAGUUACAUGCGAUGAUCGCAACUCCACCAGAGCAAGACUUGAUCAAGAUUGCAGAUACUCUUGACAAUGAGAGAAAAGCAGGUCUCAUCCGUGGACCUCUUCAUGGUAUCCCAAUCAUUGUGAAGGAUGCUAUCGCAACUGACCCGCAGUUCAAAAUGAAGACGACAUGCGGAUCUCAUGCUUUGGCUAGCUCUAUUGUAUCUGGAGAUGCGCGUGUCGUUGAGAAGCUUCGGAAAGCCGGUGUGAUUAUUCUAGGAAAGUCAAAUUUGACGGAAUUUUGCCAAAUGAAAGGAGACAAUAUCACCAAUGGUUGGUCCGCAGUUGGCGGCCAAACCGUAUCACCCUAUAUUAGAGGCGGCAUUCGCCAUGAUCAAGGCUCUGGGGGUCCAUCUAUUCCUGGGGGCUCAUCGACGGGAUCUGCCGUUGGUGUAGCCGCUGGAUACAGUCCAUUGGCCUUAGGAACGGAAACGGACGGUUCUACUAUUCAGCCAGCCAACCGAGCAGCUCUAUUUGCUAUAAAGCCCACGCACGGGAUUGUGUCUGUUGAUGGCAUCUGGCAGCUAUCGACCAGUUUCGAUGUCAUUGGUUCCAUGGCCAAGUCGGCAAGUGACCUAGCCAACCUACUCCACAUUCUCGUUGAAGACGAAGCUGCAGACUACCCACGGUUUUUGACUAGAUCAUUCGCCGACUUGAGGUUGGGUUUCGCAGAUCCUGACAUGUGGCGGUUCCCUGACAGCUAUUCCCAUCCAGACGAGGGAGUGCGAGAGCAGAUGAAAGCAGUAUACCUUGAUGCUCUUUCAAAGAUUCAACCGUUGGCUGCUAAAGUGGAAUAUCCAGUUGAAAUCGUCCAGCCGGAGGAGCUUGAUAUACAUGGAAAAUCCAGCUUCUUCACCGUUAUCAGAUAUGAAUACGGCCCUCUUGCAGACAGUUACCUGAACAAUUUGGUUGAGAGUGAAGUGCGAAGUCUAGAUGAGCUUAUCAAAUGGAACGAGGCACAUCCUGAGCUUGAGCUUCCUAAAGAUUACCCUAGCCAGUCGCGUCUUAUAGCGGCGCGGGAUCAGGUGCCUUCUACUGCUGAUUAUAACGCAGUCAUAUCUCAUCUUGAGAAAGUGACAGUCGAACUAGGUGCUAUUUUUGACAGUCAUGAUAUUGAUUUGAUUGUGGUACCGACAGAUUCGCGCAUUUGCUCAUUGGCAUCAGCAUCCGGUAGGUCCUAUAACAACGCAAAGUAG